GGAAAAACGUGAUUUAAAAAAAAUAUCCACCAAAGACGGGAGGGGGUAGAGGGAGGCAACUCCCAUCCCCUUCUAGAUUUUUAUUUCAAUAGACUGAACAUUUUUCUUCUUCUUUUUUGUUUGUUUGUUUGUUUAUUUAUUUGUGUGUGUGUGUGUUUUUUUUAUUGUUUUUUGUUGUUGUUGUUUGGUUUGUUUUUUAAUCACGCUUUAAAAAGUCGAGAGGAUAUGAACCGCGACAUUUCACGCCGGAAUAGUUUGUGUGAUUUCUACUUCAGUGAAAACUACGUUUUGGCGGAUAUUAGUCUUACCCUGAAAGUGAAAGUACAAACACAUUUAUGUAAACAAAGUUAGUCUGCUUCAACCAUCAUCAAUGGUUAAUCUGUUGAGUAGAUUUAUGACGAAGAAAGUGGCUUACCGGCUGCUCAGAAAUUCAUCUUUGUUUUUGAGAAUAGGCUCUCGACCAAUGUCAGGAAAACCAGACCAUCUUCAGAGAACAGCAGAUAAUGCAAGGCAUGAUAUAGUUUCUGUUGCCACGGUUAUAGGAAUGAGGGAUGAGUCGACAACAGUGAAGGCUCUUCGACUUAAAGUACAUGAAAAAUCUUUGUCUUUUAAAGCAGGGCAGUGGGUGGACACAUUUCUACCAGGUUUGGAUAAAGUUGGGGGCUUCUCCAUGUGUUCAUCACCAGGAUCACUUCAAAGGGAGGGAACUCUGGACCUAGCCAUCAAGUACAGCGAGCAUCCUCCAGCAAAGUGGGUCCAUGAAAAGUGCAGAGUGGGUACAGACUUACAGAUUCGAGUGGGUGGAGAUGUUUACUACGACCCAGAUCCAGACAAGCCAUCCCCUGACCUACUUCUGAUAGCUGGUGGUAUCGGAAUCAAUCCUUUAUAUAGCAUCUUCUGUCAUGUGACUGAUCUCCUGAAUUCUCAUUGGACAAACUCCCCAAAACAUGUUUCUCUGCUUCACAGUGCAUCAUCCAUGGAGGAACUUAUCUUUCAUGAGGACAUUAUAAAGCGAUGUAAAGAAAAACCAGAACUCCUGUCUUACCAAGGUUUUGUGACCCAAGAGAAAUCCAAGUUUAUUGGUCAGAUCCGAGGUCACAGGAUCAGUGGUGAUGACAUCCAGAGGGAGGUUGAGAGGAUGAAGUCAUGUAACCUGAAUGUUUUUAUAUGUGGCCCACCCCCUAUGAUAAAUGAUAUGGAGAACCUGUUGAUCUCAGUUGGAGUUGACAAGGAGAGGAUUCUGUGACUAUCAAUUUCUCUCAUCAUGUGGAAGGCAGCUGCAGGUCACAGUGUGAAGCCAGGGGUCCCCCCAACGAAUGAUGACGAUGAUGACUGGGAGACUGAGGCAGACUUUGUGAAUGAUGUGAGUGAACAAGAGCAGAGAUGGGGAGCCAAGACUAUACAAGGCUCGGGUCACCAGGAGUCCCUCAAUCUCUCACAGCUCCGACAGGAGGUGUCACAUGAUGACAAAAACGUCAAACAGAAACAAAUGGAAGACGGACCCAAAGCUUCAUAUGGUUAUGGAGGGAAGUUUGGCGUGCAGAAAGACAGGAUGGACAAGUCUGCUGUAGGAUCAGAUUAUGUUGCUAGCGUAGAAAAACACAGCAGUCAGACAGACGCUGCCAAAGGAUUCGGUGGAAAGUACGGGGUCCAGAAAGAUCGGCAAGACAAGGCUGCAGUGGGAUUUGAGUAUGCCGGUAAAACAGAAAAGCACCAGUCUCAAACAGAUUACUCUACGGGAUUUGGAGGAAAGUACGGAGUUCAGACAGAUCGUAAGGAUAAAUCGGCCUUGGGCUGGGAGCACCAAGAAAAACUUGAGAAGCACGAAUCACAAAAAGAUUACUCCAAGGGAUUUGGCGGUAAAUUCGGAGUACAGAAGGAUCGGCAGGACAAAGCUGCUGUCGGCUGGGAACACCAUGAAAAGGUCGAGAAACAUGAGUCACAAAAAGAUUAUUCAAAAGGUUUUGGAGGGAAAUUUGGGGUUCAGACAGACAGACAAGACAAAUCAGCUGUGGGUUGGAGUCAUCAUGAAAAAGUGGACAAACAUGAAUCACAGAAAGAUUACUCUCAAGGGUUUGGAGGUAAAUAUGGUGUACAGACAGAUAGACAGGACAAGUCUGCCAUGGGCUACGACAGCCAGGAAAAGGUCCCUCUCCACCCAUCUCAGACAGACAUGAGUAAGGGCUUUGGAGGAAAGUUUGGAGUGGAUUCCGAAAACAAAGACAAGUCUGCUGGGUCGUACAAUGACAUGCAGGGUGUGUCAUCCUCAUACACCAAGACACAGGCUGAUUCAAGUUCUGAGGGAGCUAGAAAUAUCAAGGCCAGGUUUGAAAACAUGGCGAAAUCUGGGGAAGAAGAGGCGAGGAAGCGAGCAGAGGAGGAGAGGAAACGACGGGAGGCAAGAGAGGAGAGGGAACGAGAGGAACAGAAGAGGCAACAGGAGGAAAGGCUGAACAGAGAGAGGUGGGAGGAGGAACAGAGAGCAGCUAGUCAACCAGAACCAGAGCCUGAACCAGAACCUGAACCAGAACCAGAACAGGAGGAGUAUGGAGAUGUAUCAUAUCAACCGGAACCAGUACACAGACAGUCAGAGCCCCCUGUUGAGGAACCAGAGGAUGUAUAUGAAGACACAACUCCUCAGGAUAAUUAUGAGGAUGUUAAAGAACCCCCAGCAGUGCCACCCGGUGGAGCAGGCGGGCUAACUGCCAUUGCAAUCUAUGACUAUCAAGCGGCGGAUGAUGAUGAAAUAACCUUUGACCCUGAUGACAUCAUCACCGAGAUUGAACAGGUGGAUGAUGGUUGGUGGAGAGGAACAUGCCGUGGUAAAAAUGGACUUUUUCCGGCCAACUACGUAGAACUUCAGCAAUGAAAUCCACCAAACAAAACGAAUUCACUGGAACACACCAUCAUAUAAUCAUAUGUUGUUACAAAACAAUGAGCAAAGUCAUCGUACAAUUUUCUUCUAAGAUUCUCUAGAUGAAUUCAAAAUCAUUAUGUACCUAAUUGUUUUGUAUAUGAUUUAAGUGUUUAAUAUAUAGUCUUCCUAUGCACUUUUCUGAUUACUGAAUGUAAUUUGUGAAAGUUUGAGUUCUGAGUGCAUGAAAUGUAUGGAUUGGUUUGAAAAGAAAUAUGGAGUUCUGUACAUCAAUACCCGUCAUGAUUUGUGAUUUGUAUAUAAGAAUCAUGUUUAUUACUGCUGUAUAGGCCAGGGAAGCAUUUGUAAGAAUUUGUGUGUGAUAAAAUCAAUCUGAACAAAUUGAAAAGUCAUUUACAAAAUGCAAACAAAUGCUAUUCAUGUAUAAACAUAGCAAGAUCAUAAAAACAUUAUCAUAUUUAUUUCUACAUAUGAAUGAAGAUAUUUUUACAUUCUAUUAUUUUUGUUUUAUUUCAUGAAAAUUCUUUUGUUUUUAAACCCCACUGUAUUCCUACACUACUGAUCCAGUGUUUAUCAGAGCAGUUACAUAGUUUGGCUUGUCACUGUAUUCCAUGACUGUUUAAAGCUCUGCAUUCCACCAUUGUGAUUAACAUGCUGUUAUGGGGUCAUAACUUUUCUUUUUUGAUCUUGAUACUACACAAUAUCAUACAUAAAGUUAUUCCCACAAUAAUUAAGAUUUUAUAUCAAUAAAGACUUACUUUAUA